AUACAUUACAUUCUCAUUUGAUGACAGAAGUUUUUUGACAUACUUUUUGUUGCAUAAUUUUGCAACUGAUAUCAUAAAAAUACAUUUGGCAAGCAAGUAUCUCGCCGGUUGUAGCGGAACUUGAGACUUGUUCGUAAUUACAUUUCUUUUGGAGUACAAAAUGUUCGCGUCUCAAAGAUUCGGCGUUCUUAUGCGCACUCUGAGCGGUUCUCGUCAAAAGCACACUCUGCCAGACUUGCCAUAUGAUUACGCCGCAUUGGAGCCUGUGGUAAGCCGGGACAUCAUGAACCUGCAUCACAGCAAACACCAUGCCACAUACAUCAAUAACUUGAAUGCGGCUGAGGAGAAACUAAAGCAGGCGCAGGCUAAAGGCGACAUUCAGACGAUUAUCAGCCUGGCCCCCGCUCUCAAAUUCAAUGGGGGUGGCCACAUCAACCACUCUAUUUUCUGGCAGAACCUGUCCCCGAACGGUGGCAAGCCUUCUGCUGAACUCUGCAAAGCUGUCGACAAUGACUUUGGAUCAUGGGAGAACAUGAAGAACCAGCUGGCGGCAGCGUCUGUUGGAGUGCAGGGCUCGGGAUGGGGCUGGCUGGGCUACAACAAGAUAAUGAAGAAGUUACAGAUCGCCACCUGCCAGAACCAGGACCCGCUGCAGGCUACAACUGGUCUGAUUCCCCUGUUCGGCAUUGACGUGUGGGAGCACGCUUAUUACCUACAGUACAAGAACGUGCGCGCAGACUAUGUCAAAGCCAUAUUCGAUGUUGCCAACUGGCAAGACGUCUCGAGCAGAUACGAAAACGCCCUGAAGUGAACAAAUUCCCAAUGAAUACUCAGCAUUUAAAAAAUCUUUAGUUGUAAAAGCUUUAAAUCACGAUCACAUAGUGUCCAUGAUAGAAUGGGAUGAUACUUUAAGUUUAUAAAGGUACCUAAUAAAUAAUAUACAAUAAAA